UCCCCUGCCCCCGUUCGAACUCGUUCCUCUGGGAGCGCGUCGCCUCUGUGCGUUCUCGCGAUAUUUCCGCGGAUGCCCGGGCUCGGGCGACCCGGGCUUGCGUGAAACAUGGCGGUCGGCUGGGACCGUAGCACUAGCAUGACUAUAUGAAGGAAGGGAAGGUUUUUCUGAAGAUGAGGCGACUGAAUCGGAAGAAAACCUUAAGUUUGGUGAAAGAGUUAGACGCCUUUCCCAAGGUUCCUGACAGCUAUGUGGAGACAUCAGCCAGUGGGGGAACAGUUUCUCUAAUAGCAUUUACAACUAUGGCUUUAUUAACAAUAAUGGAAUUCUCCGUGUAUCAAGAUACGUGGAUGAAGUAUGAAUAUGAAGUAGACAAGGAUUUUUCUAGCAAGUUGAGAAUCAACAUAGACAUUACCGUUGCCAUGAAGUGUCAGUAUGUUGGAGCAGAUGUUCUGGAUUUAGCAGAGACCAUGGUUGCAUCUGCAGAUGGUCUAUCUUAUGAACCAGCAGUAUUUGACCUUUCACCCCAUCAGAGAGAGUGGCAGAGGAUGCUGCAGCUGAUUCAGAGCAGGCUGCAAGAAGAACACUCCCUUCAAGACGUGAUAUUCAAAAGUGCUUUUAAAAGUGCAUCAACGGCACUGCCACCAAGGGAAGAUGAUUCAUCACUGACUCCAGAUGCAUGCAGAAUCCAUGGUCAUCUCUAUGUCAAUAAAGUAGCAGGGAAUUUUCACAUAACUGUGGGCAAGGCAAUCCCACAUCCCCGAGGGCAUGCACAUUUGGCAGCACUUGUCAACCAUGAUUCGUACAACUUUUCUCACAGAAUAGAUCAUUUGUCUUUUGGAGAGCUUGUUCCAGGAAUUAUUAAUCCUUUAGAUGGAACUGAAAAGAUUGCUGUAGAUCACAACCAGAUGUUCCAAUAUUUCAUUACAGUUGUGCCAACAAAGCUACAUACAUACAAGAUUUCAGCUGACACCCAUCAGUUCUCUGUGACAGAAAGGGAGCGCAUCAUUAACCAUGCUGCAGGCAGCCAUGGAGUCUCUGGGAUAUUUAUGAAAUACGAUCUCAGUUCUCUGAUGGUGACAGUCACUGAGGAACACAUGCCUUUCUGGCAGUUUUUUGUAAGACUCUGUGGUAUUAUUGGAGGAAUCUUUUCAACAACAGGCAUGCUACAUGGAAUUGGAAAAUUUAUAGUGGAAAUAAUUUGCUGUCGUUUCAGACUUGGAUCCUACAAGCCCGUCCAUUCUGUCCCCUUUGAAGAUGGCCACACAGACAACCACUUACCUCUUUUAGAAAAUAAUACACAUUAGUACCUCCUGGGUGGAGAAAAACUUUUUGCCUGAAACAAAAUUCUUUUCUAAUAAUAAAAUGUGCAAUAUAUUCAAAGAAAAAAUAAUAUGAGAACCCGGAAACAUACUUAUUUAAAAAAAAUAAACAAAAAAAAAAAAGAAAAAAAACAGCCAAGGGAAAAAACAAACUGAAGUCGUCCUGUACAUGUUGUGUCUGUUACAAAUGUCCUAGAAGAAAUUAUGCAGCUAACGGAAAAGACGGCCCAGCCGGAGUGCCAGGUGAAGACGGCACCUCUGAUACUCUCCCCGCAAACGAACAGCAUGGAGAGCAGAGCCUGGAGGAUGGAAGGGAAACCAUUUUUUAAAGAAAAGGGCAUUGAUAAAUGCAAAUGUGUGCGUCCUUUUGUUUUUAAAAGAUGUCAGAAUAAAAUAUGUAAAACAUACAGAAAACUAGUCUAGACUUUAAAAAACUGUAAUCCGCUCACAUGGUUAAUAAAGGAAACAGGGACUGGCCCUGUGUUACAGCCAUAUGAAUGUUAAGCCAUAUUGACAAGACCAUGUUGCGCAGUCCUGGGUUCUGAUGGAGCUGACUGCUUGCCUUUGAACUCCAGUCGCUGACUUCCUGACUGCUAACAGUUGAUUCUUAGAAGAUUAAGGUGAAGUUUCCCAAGGGCAGGGCAGGUAUAUAAGUGCUAUGAAAUGUAACAGGUAUCACUCACAGCUUGUACAUGAGACACUGCCCGGAGAAGAAAGCACAGUUUAAAAAGAUACAAGUUACUAAUCUGUGAAAUACGGUAUGCUUGUGAGGAGUGGGAAACAGGAUAGCUUCAAGUGCUCUGUACAAGCAUAGGCACAAGUAUAAAACUGGACCAGGAACAAUGUGCUGCCUUCAGGGCUCUGGGCAGAACUGAUGAGGCUAAAAUAACUUGAGGGAGUCCUGUCAGGUGCUGUUAACAACUGCCGAAUUCGUGUGCCAACCAGUUUCCCUCCUGGGAUUCUUAAGGGCAGAAGCAUCAGUAAUCCCCAGGGCAAAAUCAUCGAGGGAGAGACUGGGUUUCUGUCUGUCCUGUCAGACACAGGACUACACUGAUUACGGUGGCUUAGAAUGUGGCCUGUCACAAAUCGGUGGUGUUUCAAGUGAAUGUUUUUACAAAUUAAAAAAAAGCUUUCUUGAAAGAGGGUAGGCCAUCAGGCAGGGAGGAGAUAGCAGCAAAACACUCAACAUUUUGUAGAAAAUUAAAAUUUCCGGUUAUAAUAUGUAGUCUUAAGAAUUGAGGUUAACAGUGUAAUAAUGUUUUAAAUUUUUUAAAAAUAAUCCAGGGAAUUUCAAAUAAUGAAUGAGUCUUCUCUGAGGUUCUUGUUUCCUUCGGAUUUUUUGUUUGGUUGGGUUUGCUUUUCCCUUAAAUUUUAUAGUUGGGCUAGAAACAAAACAUCUCUCCAGAAGAAUUUUGUUAGGGAGAACUGGAAUGUUGACCACUUGAGACUGAACGUUGCUUUUCCAUCUUUAUUGCUAGAAAAUUCAGUCAGGUUUCAGGGAAGAAAAUACUGAUUUAGAAUUAUUUUCAGUAUUAUAAUGUCUUUAAAAGAUUUUAAGUUAUUUUUAAUUGUUUCCAUGUUUUCUAAGUGCCACAUUAAAAUCUUACUGAGAUGUAUCUUUUCCAUUAAAAUUGACUGGGAAUUUGUUUAAAACAAGAUUUUCUUUGCCAUUGAUUUCCAUUUCAAGAACUAAGACUUUAAUUUUCAAAUAGUCAGGGCCACAUUUUUGUCAGUAAAAGAAUGAAAAUUGUGAUCAUCUGUUUGGGUGAUGAAGGAAGUGCAACUAGGAUUUGUGGAAAGAGCUUUUGGCAUCACCAGGGUUUCCUUUCCAGGCCAGAAAUCCCUCACUGACUUGCCAGUCAGUUUCCUUAUGCCCGUGGAUCCCUAGAGCCAGGAUACCGAAGUUUCUAUUCAGUAGUCUUUUUUGUUUUCUUCAGGGGUGUGUGUAUGUGUGUGUUUGUGUUCUAGUAUUUUAGACCUCAUUUACUUGACAUGUAUUUUUUAUACUGUUUGUAUACCCUGAUUAUAAAGACAGUAAAUAAUUAGAUGAAUAUACUACUGUAGUGUUUAAACCGUGACUGUCUACCUCCUGAGACUGCCUGGCUUGGGGUAGAAUGACAGCUCUACUUGUUCUCAACUUAGAUGGGUAUUGGAAUCUUUUCUUUUUUAUCAGAUGCACAGAAAGGCUGUAUAUUUCAUUGUCAUCAGAAUCUGUGAUCUGAAACAACUCACAGUCUAAUGCAUAAAAUGUAGUAUUUUGGUAGAUGUGUUGUAAUUCAAAUGCCAGGAAGUAAAUUUACAUGUAACUCCUUUACUUCUAAAUUGUUUACACUUGUACUCUAAAUUUUUUCAGUGGUUUAAGAAAUACAUGAUCCAGAGCCUUGAGAUCCUUAAAAUUUAAUUUCAGCAUGCCAUUUAAUCUUGUAGCCUUUCUUCUUGUUUAGGCUUCUCAGAUCCUUUAUAAUACUUAUCGGAAUGGUCAUGGAGCCUGAUGUGGCAUGCAUCUGUAAUCCCAGAGUGAGGAAAGCAGUGUCCCUUGGGCUCAGGCCAGCUAGUCUUGCUGAGUCAGCAAAACUCUAGGGUCAGUGAGACCCUAUGUGAAAAAAUAAACGAAAAAUGACAGAGGAAGAUGCCCAACAUUGACUGCUGGCCUUAACACAUGGGUACAUAUAUAAACAUGUACACAAAUAUGAACUAUGAACAUCCAUGUACACCACACUGGCUCAAAUGAGUGGGUCUGUAGACAGCUGACAAGAUUGCAGUCAGUAAAUCAUAUUGGUGUUUAGGGUCUUUAAUACUACUCUAAAAUUAGCUCUUUUCUGAGUGCAACUCCUCUGGGCUUUAGGUAAUACCUUAAAAGAACCUAGGAGAUUGGGGGGGGGAGAGGGAGUCAGGGAGGGAGAGAGAUCUCUUUAAUACAGGCUUGAUGCCUAGCAGGCCUACAUCUGUCACUGGUCAUGCUGUGGAAAUAUUUUGGAUUUGUUUUUUUAGAAAUGUACAGGUCACUUGGAUAGCUGUAAGAUUUUUCUUCUGUCAGGUUGGGUGUUGGAUUUGGUGUCCUGAAUAUUUUCAGCAAUGCUGUGUCCCUGAGAAGUCCCUGCUUCCAGCUCUGGUUGCUAUUAAAGUUAAUUUUUUUUCUA